AUGAAUAAGAGAAUAUUUAGUUUAGUUUGCAUCGUCUUAUAUUCCCUUUUGGCUGUGUCAGUACAUUGCUCCGAACAGAAAGGAUCUGGUCUAGGAAAUCAAAUAUUUCGUGCUAUCAAAAAAAUAUACAAUACGAACGAACAUAAUAGUGUAGUAUCUAAACCUGAAACACAAUUAAAUAAUAGCAAUAAUAUAGAUACUAAAGAUACUAAAGAUAAUAAAGAUAAUAAAGACAAUAAAAGAAGUUUUUAUGAAGACACGGAAAAUGACUUUUGGUUCCGUAUGAAUUUAGCGUUUUCUGACUGA